AUGAUUAGAGAAUGGGAAAAUUGUUAUCAGAGGAUGCGCACACAGAAGCCUGGACAUCCAAGGGCUCAGGAAGGGACCGCUGCCAAAGGAGAGCUAAAUAGCAGAAUUUCACCCAGGAUUCUCAGUGCCAGCCAUCCCUGGAUAGCUCAAAAUUUCCCACGUUGCAAAGAGGACCUCUGCCCUGCAACACCACUGGGGGUAUGGACCACAUUCUACAAAUCAGACCCACGUAUUGCCCUUGGAAAAUACUCCCCAAUGGAAAAAGAAAUCCUACGUCUAGGUGGCAUUCACACCAUAGCAACACGAAGGUUCUUGGCUGUCAAACACGACAAAGAAGGGAAAAUGCUGAGGGAGCUACGGUCACGGUCUCCAGACUACGAAAAGGCAACCAAAUAUAAAAGAGGGCCCUUUUUCCCUUGUGCUGCAUACCAACCCCCAGAAAAAAUGUGGACAGCAAAGGUGGUCGUGCCUGCAGAGGAGUUUAAAGUGCCCCAGCGAGAGAUGAUCGACAUCAGCAAACACGUACAAAGGAUGCGGCUAGCCAGAGCCCUGAGAAAUAAGCAGUGUUUUCCAUGCACCCAAAGGCUCAGGAAUGCCCAGAUGGUGUCUGGAGCAGACCUGAAUCCCUUGGAAACAGACAAGACCAGUGAAGAGCAGGACAAGGGUGACAGUGAUAACUUUGACCAAGCCAGUCAGGAGGAGGAACAGGAGGCAGAGCACAAAACCACAAAGGCACGAGAAAUCAUAAUGAAUGUGGUUUUCAAGUCAGAAGAACUCAAGCCGUGUGUAGUAUGCCAUCGAAAUGAUCGUAAAACGUUCCUUCCCGUAAAGCGGGAACGAUGCAUCACAGGCCUAACGAACAGAAAUCUCUUCUCCAUAGCUGACUUUCCUGGAGACCUGAUGCUCAUGCAGCAGGAUUUUAAAUCGCGGGGAAUCCACCCCAAUGACGCUAUUCAGACCUACUGGGCACAGGAAGAGGACGCCUGCAGAGAACAACCACACAGGGCUUCUCGCUGUCUGUACUAA